ACCAAAGUCCUCUGCAACUUUUUUUCUUCCUCUCUCAAGGCCUCCAAUUUUUUGAAAGAAUUGGUUAUCUUGUUUCUAGGUAAAAUCUUGAGUUCGAACGCUAGCUGCCUUGUCCCAGACCAUACAUAGGACCGAAGAGGCGUGGUAGUUCAACGCCUUAGGCGCGAUGCCUCGUCGGAACUGCGAAGCAAGAUGAAUGAUUUCUUUUUUGGUGUUGAACGGGAGGCCUUGGUGCUCUGGAGAUUCAAGAGCUUGUAACUUUCAAUAAGACUGAAGCGCAAGAUAAAAACCAGGAGAUAUGCACACCAAAUGUUUGAAAUGCAAGCAAGGCGUAUGACAUCAGAGUUUGGAGGUGAAAGGACUUGUGAAGCGCAUCGCAGCGAUAAACUGAUGAGAUAGAAACACGGAGAAAAAAAUUGUUAUGAUUUGCAUAGAAGAACAUAUUCGAUGAAUAUAUGUUUGCUUGAUCCAUGGAACUAUUUUUGGGAUCUAUUAGAAGUUUGAGAAGUUAAAGGGAUGCUUAAUGUUGGUAAUUAAUGAUGACGGCACAGUUGGCACCAGCUUUGACAACCGGAACUGGAGCGAGACUUGGGUCGGUCAUCAAUUCAGGGAGAUGCAGAAAGUUAACCGGCAAUCUCUAUAAGAAUGGGAGAAUGAAACUUUGUCCAACCAAAAAAAGGAAAAAGGCACAAUUGCCCCCUCGACUUAGUAGUCAGAUACUACUGCUAGAGAGAGAGUAUUACCGCUAAUGUUUAUCUUGCGGCGCCACGCACGCUAGCGUCUUCCCCGUCAUUCUCAGCCCGUCUCUAUCAUUUGGUCGAGAUUUCAUUUCCUCCAUUUUCUUCCCUUAAACUCAACGAUACGCACAUGUAUAUAGAGCCAAAAGCCAUUACUGCCGCACUUAAAACCGUAGAGUAUAUUAUACAUAGAUCAUACAAACACAGAAAAACAAGGCUGAUGAUACCUUGUUUCGUCUGUCUAGAUCAUCUGAAAGCGCCAAAGCCAUCGAGCCAUUGGAAUUUUGGUUUCUCGAAAGCAUAACCCAGAUUUUAGUGAUGUGGGGGCGCCAACGCAACUUGUACUCAACCUAUAAGCGUAUCUCGUCAAAAGAGCGUCUCAACGGCAACGCCUCAGAAGACAGCCUCGGCCGAUCACCGAGUGGUGUCUUAAAAGAAGCUGGACUUCCCUCCUGGAAACGUCCCUUGCCUCAUGUACUGGUGGCAACUCUCUCAUCCUUCCUAUUUGGCUAUCACCUCGGGAUAGUUAACGACACAUUAGAAAGCAUAUCUUUGGACCUCAGCUUCAGAGGAAGUACCCUGGCUGAAGGGUUGGUCGUGAGUGCGUGUUUGGGAGGUGCUUUUAUUGGUUCAUUAUUCAGUGGCUGGACAGCAGAUGGCGUUGGGCGUCGCAGGGCAUUCCAGUUGUGUGCUUUACCAAUGAUCAUUGGUGCUUCCGUGAGUGCAACCGCAACUACUCUUCGAGGCAUGCUUCUUGGAAGGUUAUUUGUUGGAAUGGGGAUGGGUCUUGGGCCUCCUGUAGCAGCUCUUUAUGUGGCAGAGGUUUCGCCAGCUUUUGUAAGAGGCACUUAUGGGAGCUGCACUCAGAUUGCAACAUGCCUUGGACUGAUGGCCUCUUUCUUUGUUGGGAUUCCAUCCAAGGAGCUCAUGGGUUGGUGGCGAGUCUGCUUUUGGGUCUCUGCCCUUCCUGCUGCAUUACUUGCUAUUCUAAUGGAAUUCUGUGCUGAAAGUCCUCAUUGGCUAUUUAAGAGAGGAAGAAUGGCUGAAGCUGAAGAAAACACUGAGAGGCUGUUUGGAGCAUCACAUGUUAAAUAUGCAAUGGCUGAAUUAACAAAGUCAGAUAGGGGGGAUGAGGUUGAUACUGCUAAGUUUUCAGAUUUAUUUAUUGGUCGUCAUGUUAGAGUGGUUUUUCUCGGUUCCACACUACUUGCCUUGCAACAAUUGUCUGGGAUAAAUGCUGUAUUCUACUUCUCUUCAACUGUCUUUACAAGUGCCGGUGUUCCUUCAGACAUUGCGAAUAUAUGUGUAGGAAUUGUAAAUUUAUCAGGCUCAAUUAUUGCUAUGGUUUUGAUGGAUAAAAUGGGAAGGAAGGGGCUUCUACUUUGGAGUUUCUCAGGCAUGGCAGUAUCCAUGGGUUUCCAAGUCAUUGGAGCAAGUUCACUUCUGUCAGGCUCUGUAGUGCUUUACCUAUCAGUUGGUGGCAUGCUUCUGUUUGUGUUGACAUUUUCUUUGGGUGCUGGCCCAGUCCCUAGUCUGCUGCUGUCGGAGAUACUUCCAGCCCGAAUUAGGGAAAAGGCCAUGGCUGUCUGUAUGGCCGUGCAUUGGGUCAUAAAUUUUUUUGUUGGUCUGCUGUUUUUGCGGUUACUGGAGCAACUUGGCCCACAAAUUCUCUACGCGUCCUUCGGCAUCUUUUGCUUUGUCGCAGUAGUCUUUGUGAGGAAAAAUAUUGUCGAAACAAAAGGGAAGACGCUUCAAGAAAUUGAGAUGGCAUUUCUUCCAGCUGAUUAGUGGUGCUGCGGCUGAUUUAUCUGCUAAGAGGUGUAUGGCUAGAGGACAUUCGGGAGAGAGAACAAUCCGAAGCAUACACUUCACUUAAUGGCGUGACCCUGCAAUACUCUCGUAUAGUGCCUGGUACGUUCUGUGAGCAAAUAGCAAGGCCUCUCUGCUGCAAUUUUUAGCAACUAUUUUAGAGUUAGCAUAACCUUGUAUCGUUAUUAGAUUAGAUGCUGUAUUUGCAGCAGUUAGAAAUUGUUCGGAAUAAUGACUGCAUCAAUUAAUGGGGGCGAUUACUACUACGUUCAGAACAGAAGGAUUCUUCUUUUGAUUUCACUUCA